AUGGCAACGACGCGGGAGGUCGAGCAGCUGCCCACGGAGGGCCUUUGUGCUACCUCGAACUAUGCAGCGCUGCAUAGCCUUCUUUCCAGUGGAGAUUACUCCGACAUGACCAUUCGAUGCAGAGGCCGCGAGUUCAAGACCCACCGGGCCGUCGAGGGCGCCUCCGGGACCGUCGACCUCCCAGACGAUGACCCUGAGAUCGUUCAUUACUUCCUCGAGUUCCUUUACACUGGCACUUACAGCAUCUAUGAUUCGAAUCACGACAUAAUUGUGGAAGCUGCCGAGGCAACCAACAAACAUAUCCUCGAGAGACUGAGCCGUCGGCCUGCGCAGCCCAAGCUAGGGCGUAGUCGCUUUCGGCAACUGAACGCAGGCCAAUCCAGAUGGAGCCCAUACGCCUUCAAGGCUUCGCUAGUGCAGACCGAAAACGAUAAUGAAAUGAAGAGAGAGUGGAUGAUGAAGCAAUCUGUUCAGAUCUACGCGUUGGCUGACAAGUACGGCGUUGCGGCCCUGAGGCUCCUGGCUCGGGAUCGAUUCUUCGAGGCCGGAAAGGAUUUCUUGACGGGUGCAACAGGAUGGGACUCGGCAUCAUGGGAAGAGACGGCCUUCUUCUCGGAGAUUGUGAAGAUGAUUUACGACAACACUUUCUCGGAACAAGACCCAUUACGACAAGCACUCUACAUGAUCGUCGGCAUGAAGACCGGGGACGACGUGAUGAAGGAGAGGAUGCGAACGGAAAUGAUGCUCAAGGCGGAGUUGGCACUGACCAAAUCGAGAAUGCCGACUCACUCAUGGGCUCCCUCGUCCACCGGAAACGAGCAUCGGGACGAAGAGGACGACGGGAUAGACGCGUUCUGCGCCACGUCGAUUCACGCGUCCCUGUCAAAGCUGCUGCACAGCGAAAAGUUUUCCGACAUGACGAUUCGCUGCGGUGGGCGUGAGUUCAAGGCCCACCGUGCCAUCGUCUGCACCCAGUCCUCGUUCUUUGACCGGGCCUUGAGCAGUAACUUCAAGGAAGCUGCUUCUCGCGUUGUUGAGCUGCCUGAUGACGACCCGGACGUCCUUGAGCGCUUUCUUGAGUUCAUGUACAAAGGCACGUACUCGGAUAAUGUGAACCACACGUGGGGAAAGCCGUCCAUCGUCGCCAUGAUGAGCCCUGAAGAGGUUCAGGAGAACCUGAACGACACACCUGGUGUGCCUGAAGAUUUCUUAGCAGGUGACGAACGCCCGUCAACUCCCUGUCCUGGACCGUUGAAUUCUAAUCAAGUUGGACCUACCGGAGCCGACUCUGAGAAUGAUUUGGAUUACGAACCACCCAGUCCCACAUCCACAAGGUCCAACUCCAACUCGGAGCCCGAGGAAGAAUACAACGAGUACUAUGGCGAUAGCACUUCCAAUAGCGAGCAAGAACCGGAACACUCCCCUGAAAAGCCAAGCCUCGGUACCAUGUCCGUCAUGAAGCUGUCUGAGCUGGUGGCACUAGACAAAGAGGAGGCGAUGCAGAGAUUGGUCAAGAUCCGCAACGACAUGGCACUCCCCCUUCGCUUAUACAUCAUGGCGGACAAAUACGACGUACCUGCCCUCCGUCUAUUGGCGAGGGAUCGAUUCUACCGGGCCGUCGAGCUCGAGUGGGAGCAUGCGGAAUCCUUUCCGGACAUUGUGGACGAACUCUACCUCGGCACGCCGCAGACCGACACGGCCAUGAGGGAGAUUGUGUGUCGAAUCGUUGGGAGCAGGAUCCUGAACGACAGGGUCAGGGAGAAGAUGAGGCCCAUCAUGGAGAAGCACGGUGACUUUGCCGUCGGGGUUAUGGAGUAUGCCAUCCACUCUGGUAGGGUUCGAUAG